CCGAUGGAUCGAUGUAGCGAUAGCGGACUGGACUUGUGACUUCCACACCACUCUACAAAAAGUCUAUGCCAACUCUGGAUUCCUAGUACAUUAUAUAGGAAUUAAUUUGACGGUGAAUACGUUCAUAUUAUUGUUAAAUCUGCGAGCACUCGUGGAGACUUCUAGAAUUUGAAUAUCGCCAUUCUAAUGACAGUUGUUAUGAAUGCAAAUAAUGUGGAGGUUAAGGUGGAGUCGUAUGCGAGCGUGUGUGUGCGUGCAAAUAAAGUGUGCGAGUGUGUAUGCACUUGAAAGAGCUGCAGGUGAAAGUACAAGUUGGAAGAAGGGGCUCCAAGUGUGAGUGUGAACUGUCUGCGAGAGGCUUAGUGCCACCAGUAAGCCACUAACCUCCUCAUCAGUCUGUCGCCUGCUCUUGGACGGGUGACCGCGUGUGUCUAGUCUGCGCUUUGCACAACUUAUCUCUGAUUUUUAAUUCGGUGAUCUGUUCCAUUGUCAGCAGCGCACAUGGAUAGGCGCUUCUCUCUGGAUCGUGCUAUGCGCGACCACCAGCGACGCCUGCUUCUGUUGACGGUGUGCAUCCUAGGCCUGGCACAAUCUGGGGGCGUGCCCCAUCCACACCCAGGGGGGCCCCCUCACGUGGUGCAUCACCCGCACCCUCACCCGCACCAGUGCCCUCAUUACGGCGGCUGCAGGCAGGCGAGGCCGCAACCCUUCCUUCCCGCACAGCCCGGAGACACCCCGUCCUGUGCCCAGAGUGGCUCCACUUUCUGCGAGGCCAUCGACACUUAUCCGCAGCAUUUGAUCCAAUAUCUUGCUGAACGAUUGGCGUACGACUACAAUACUCUGCUCAGCGAUGAAUCCAGAGAAGAUUUCAAGGCAAAGAAAGACGAACCAACAACCCCCAGCCCGCCACCCCUCGUCUACCACCCGCCCUGGGGUCAUCCCGACUUCCAGAAGAAGUACGUCCACUACACGUACGGUCCACCCCCGCCCCAACCUCCUCGGCCCAACCCUUACGGCGCACCCUUUUCGCAACCCCAACCAAUCUACAAUUCGAUCAACUAUUCCCAGCCUCAAGUAGGAGGAUAUCCAGAUCGGCGUUACCCACUCUUCCCGCCGCAGACCUAUAUACCAGAUAACGACCCCGGCCUCGUCUACUCAGCUCUCCUUCAGCCCGAACUGGUCGCUCAGUACAAUCCCAACACUUGGUGGAAACGUUAUUCGAGAUCGGAAGGCAGCAAACUGGACGACGGCGACAAGUUGAGACAGCGGCGUCAGUCGCAGCCGACGACAAACUCGACGACCACCCAGCUGUGCCCGACUCGCAGCCAGUUCAUUAUGCCGAAGGCGGCGCUCAACAACAAGGGCAACUGGAUGUAUGUCGUCAACCUCGACCAGGACCGCUACACACAACUCGUCCGCAGUGAGACCUGCGUAUCGCAACAGUGCAAUGGCAUCUGCAGUCUGCCGAACGGCUAUACAUCAAGGUGUGAGCAACAGUAUGUGCAAAAGCGUCUAGUUGCCCUGGAGGGAGGCGGCAACCGACUCUACACCGAUGUCUUCUGGUUUCCUCACUGUUGCAUUUGUCAAAUCACGCAGAACGGAUGAGAUCUAUACGACUCCAACAGCUCUACUGAAGAGGGUGGUCUAAUAAACAAGACAUCAAACAAGCUUUACAAACUGACUUUUCAAAAUAAAAACUUCUAUUUAUUAUUUUUGAACAUUUAUGUCCGAUUUCUAGGACAAUUAUGAAAUUUGAUACAGGCUACAAUCAAAUCUAUUUUCAAUCAAUAGUUCAAUGGUUCAUUAGAUUCAAUAAUUAAAACGAGCCUUAUUACUUUGGAGUUUCCUCAUCGGAAAGGCAAACUAUCUAUUAUCUUCAGAACCUAUAGGUAGUUUCUGUAUUAUUGAUUGGUUUUUAAGAUAUCAAGGAAGCUCCAAAUAUAAUAAAAAAUAACAUACUGUUGUCAAGUUAUACUUCAUUUAGUUUCACAUCAAUAAACUACUUUAGUGAGAAUCACUUUAAAAUCUGUCAACAUUCCUUAUUAAUAACACCAACGCCUCCCAUUGAAGAUUGAACUAAUGCUGGCAGUUUGAAUUAAAGUAAACUCUUAAGUAUUAGUAGACUAUUAGAGCUAGACAACUUAUUUUGUGUGUUUUUAUCAAGUUAUGAAGAUUGAACUCCCAUUGAAAAUUGAACUAAUACUGGCAGUUGAAAUUAAACUAAACUAAGUAUUAGUAGACUAUUAGAACUAGACAACUUAUUGUGUGUGUUUUUAUCAAGUUAUGGAUUCAAUUCAUUAAAAAGCACCAGUAGGUGUUGAAUACGCAAGAAAACGUUUUUAACCACCUAGAUGUUCAACCACAUAAUUGGACUCUCCAAUGUUAAGAGAAUAUACUUAUCUUAUCUCAAGGGAUCAAAACAUUUUAUGUGUUUCAAUGUAAUAUUAUUGUUCAUAUUCUGUUUGAAUUGAGUGAUCAGUGGUGUAAGCAUUUGAUGUAAUAAGUUUUGUUUAGUCAGAAAUUUUAGUAUAAUUUUUGUAUACUUUAGUUGUGACCUACUUUUAUUUUUGUACGAUAUACUUAUAUCUAUGUUAUCCAUUAUUUUUGUUAGUAUACUAUCAUUUCAGAAACGCUUUUAAAGACGGACAUAAGUUUGGUUCCUUUCUACCUUUCUAUCAGCAGCUUCAUAAUUUCUCCGUUGUAACUUAUUUCUUCAUUUAACGCUUGUCUAUGAAUGUGAAUUUACUUGGCUCUCGUAUGUUUUCAUGAAAAUUUCGGUUGAUUUGAUCAAGAUUUUAUUCAGAAGUGGAAUCUUUUUCAAAUGUUUACAUCUUGAUAUUAUGUCCAAUAUUAUUAUUGAGAUUAUACCAACUGGAAAAGUCACAAAUUGAGAUUUAGUUCAUUAUUAUACUAUAACAUCAUAAAAUCAUAAAUUCAAGACACUUGUAUGAGUCAAACACAAAAUUACCAAGUUAUAUACCUUCCUUCCAUUAAUAUUUUUAAUAGUAUUGUUAUAUUGUAAAAAUAAAUUUAUAGAUUUUAAGUUUUUAUUUUUGAAUGUAUGGUAUAUUUUCACUGCCGUCCAUCAUGAUCGUUGAAUUUUUAUUGUGUACUCUAUCAUAAGUUUACCUAUAAUUAUAGUGUUUUGUAUGAGUGUAGUAACUUUAUCAGAAAUGAGAAGUAGAUUAAUAAAUAUUGUAUAUAUAAAGAUUUAUCUCGCUUUUGAUUAUUCAUUGAGAAUCUAGAGUGAGAUCAGUUCUAAUAAGAUGAUUUUCAGGUUACAUAUUACUGACAGUCCUUCAAUUUUUCUACAAUAUAAAAUUAUUUUUAAUACACUUCUUGAAAGUAUUUAAUUUGGAUUUAUUUCAAUAAUACUUCUUGAAAAUUUAAGAUGGUCAUUCAUUGCUACUUGUUGAUUACUCACAUACACAUCUCAAUUAAUAACAUUAUAAUUACAGAUUUGUAUUUUACUUUGACAAUGUUUUAGUUUCAGUUUUAUUUCAAUAAUCUGGCUUAGAUCAGCAAAUAUUGUAUUUUAUACAGUUCAUUAAGGGUUUAACGCAUGGAGUAACUGUCUUAUAAUACCGUACGGUAGUUAUUCUCUGUGAUCAAGGGUUCUGAAAAAGGAUUAAAGUAAAUUUAUAACUAUAAUAAUUCAUUAUUAUUUAUAAUUUUAUCUUUGAAUUCUAUUAUUUUCAACUUGGAUUGUUUGAAUAAUAAAAUUUCUACUGUUGAUACUUCUUUGUAUAUUCCAUUUUUUACGUGGAUUACGAAUCCGAAUAAAUUUAAACAGUAGGCUACUGUAGUGAAGAGAAAUUUCAAAAAUAUGGGAUUACAAGUUAGUGUAUAAUCAAUUGUUCAUUGGUUACUAUACUGUAUUUAUAUUGAAAGCCUAUGUUUAUUUUGCCAAGAAAAUCAACUCCCCUUAAUAUUAGCAUAAUAAGCUAUUAAACUAGGCCUACUUAUAAUGAUUCAAUGUUUAUUCUUUUCUGUAAUGUACCGUAAUUUAUAUUAAGUUAUUCAGAUUGUAAGAAAGUACCAUAUUUACGUUAUGAUUUGUAUGUAAAUAGAUUUAUCAUUUGAUUUAUAUAGAUAAUGUCAUGAUUCA